AUGUCAAAUUUAAAUUAUCAGAAUAAAGUGACUUCCGCAAGUGACUUGAAAUAUAAAACUCAGUUAUUGUUAACAGUAUUCACUGUGCCUGGAGUUAUCGGCAUUAUAGUUACCGAUCCGCCACCGGCUGCUAUUCAGUAUAAAUACUCGUACGAUAUACAAGAUCCUACAACUGGAGAUACCAAAACUCAGCAUGAAGUUAGACAAGGAAAUAUAGUGACAGGACAAUAUUCCGUAGUAGACCCAGAUGGUACUAAACGUAUCGUGGACUAUAAUGUACAUCCAAGGAAGGGAUUCUCAGCAGUGGUCCAUACUGAACCUGCUACCAGUCAGCGGAGUCCCACACCAGUUAAGAACUAUGUGAUACAAGUUAAUAACCCUCAAAAGUACCAACGUCAAUUUGAAGCGGCACCUAACAAUAGGUUAUAUACUGAUACGGUACCAUUGCCUUAUUAUUCUAAAAAAUAUCAACCUGAUUCUGUUAUUUACUUCUCUCCUGCUAAUGAUAUAACAGACGGUACGAAUUCACUUCACAAUGACCAAUAUUUCAUUCCGUCACAUAGAGUUUGAUGCAAUAUUGAGGUUUGAUUAAUAAGUAUUGAGCAAAAUAUGUGAUAUUAUUAUUAAGGUUUACAACAAAACAAGGAAAAAGAAGUGAAUAUUUUCAUAAUAUGAUAGUUCCGCAUACAGUACCUGCACUUUAUUUGUCUAUGAAUAAUUAGCCUAUGAUAUUACAUGAUAUGGGAGUAGAUAAGUUUUUUAUCUAUAGUAUAUUAUCUAAAAAAUACUAAAUACUAUAAUAAUUAAGCUUCGCUGUGACGUCACGGCACUCUGAAACGAAUAUCGUUAUAUAUAUUCAUAAGGUUGACUUUCUGGUAUGAGUAAGAGGGUGUGACGUCACGUGCUGUUUGUGGUCACGUGACAAUGAGCAUAAAAUAUUUGUUUUUUCAUAAUAAAUUUAAGCAAUAUUAUAAAUAUAAUAAGCAUGAAGGUAUGAUAGGUAAUAGUAUAAUAAACACUACCAGAAAAAAAAGGUAUUUAUUUUCGUUUACUCUCUACCCCCGUAUUAUGUUUAAUAAAAGAAAAUAUUUUUUAAUUAAGUUUAUUGUUAUUGAUGGUUUACCUAUAUUGUGUUAAAAUGAAGUGUGUAUAAACUUAAAGUAUUUUUCUUUGUCACAAAUAUAACCUUUUGGGUAUUUUCGAUCUUUAUCAAUUCACGUAUCGGGGGGCACGGAAGUGCCGCCGCCAAGUCGAGCAAAAAAGUAAAGAGGGCACGGCCGUACCAUGAAUAUUAUUCUAAAAUUGUUAGACGUUGUGGUUAAUAUAAAUUUUUAGUAAUAAUUAUUACACGAUUACCAAAAAAGGAGGGUAUUAAUAUUCUGUUAAAAAAAAUAAUAAUUGGAAUCUUCGUAAGUCAUAAAUAUUAUAGAUAAAUAGAGACAUAUUCUUAGAAAAAAUGGGUAAUUGUUUAUUCUGUUUCUUACGUCGUUAUAAAAUUAUGAUUUAACAAGUGACUAAACCGCUUAAUGAAAAAAAUCGUGGUUCAUUUUUCAGACAGACGCAGGAUGUGCACAAUGUUACAUCAUCCUGUGUAAAAUAAACAAUAAACAUUGAAAAUUUACUUAAUAUAUCUUACGAGAAAGGAGAUGCAGUUACUAACGAGCGAUAACGCCAUAAAAAAAAAGAAAAAAGUCGGAUAGUACUGUUUUAUGGCUUAACUCUUUGUGAUCAAUAUAUAUUUAGCGAGUAACAAUUACAAUAAAAUAUACUAGCUACGUAUCUUGGUCAUACCUGGCUGUGCGCGCAACAUAUAGGCCAGACAUAUACUCUGGUCUUUUGAAUGGAAAAAUUCAAGACUUUUGUUUUAAUUUACAUGCUAAUAAAUAUUAGAUAACAUUACAUACAUUGCUCAGAUUCCAAAUUAAGUAGGUAAAACCACUUGUAUGAUGGAAAUAUAUAACAAAGGAGUUAACACAACAUCCAGACCCAAAAAUACAGAAAAGUUAUUUUCUACAUCGAACCGACCGAGAAUGGAACCCAAGAUCUCAGAGAUGGUGACAUACAGAGAUCGGAUUAGAAGCCACUCGAUCACGGAGGUAAAUUGUUGAAAUGAUUUGCUUUAGACAAAUUUCAACAGUGCGUCUUCUGUCAUGCAUACAUCGAAGAAGAGACAAUAGGUAGAAAUUAAUCUAUUGAUUAUUUAAAACGAUUCUAAUAGAGUAGUGUUACUAUAACAAAAACCACUUUCGCUUUUGCUAUAAGUUAAUUUUUAGCACUCUAUAUUCGUAAUAAAAUUAUGGAUAUGUGGUUAUACGCUAAGCUAAACUAACAAAAUAAAAGAAAGACUAUCCAAUAUUAUGAACAUAACAGACAGUUUGU